CAUAGCAAAAGUUUGGAGCUUUGUCUGCUGAAAGUCAGUUUUUAAACGAUUGAAUGAAUGAGUUACUGACUGAUAUCAUAAGCUACAGUAGGGAACGUAGUGGAACUUGGACUCGACAGAAUGAUGACGUGGUGACCAUUAUAUCUGAUAUAACAAACGUGAAAAGUUACAUGUUUUUUUACGUAAAGCCAAAGAGUAGUCCGAAGAUUGAGAGCAUUCCUGCUAUCAAGAAACCUGUUAUCAAGAAACCUGAUAUCAAAAAACCUGCUAUCAAGACAUGCAGCACUGUCAAAUCGCUCCAGUACCUUGGUCGAGUGAAAUCGUUUCUGCUCAGAUGUCCGCUGGAGUGCUUCGUCCGCUGGAGUACUUCGUGAUGUAAUUGUUCUAAGGAUGAACAAAGGUAGUACAAAGUUUUAGAUUGUAAAUCUUUAGAAUCAUACUGUCUAGCGCCUAAUCGUUCAAAAUCUGGCGAGUAACUGAGAUAAUUAAAACCUGAUUGAGAUUUGAAAAGUCUCAAUUAUACCAUUGUAGAGUCACGAAUUGUAUUUUUUAAAUUUCAGCAUAAUGAUGAGAGAGGGCUAUCAAUGUCUGGGAUUUCUGCUGCUUUGUUACAGUCAUCUGACUUUUUACUCGGUGACUUUCCGAGGAAAGAGUUCUGCUAAAAAAGAUAAAGAAGAUAUGCACGCGAGACAUGUUUACUCUGAGAUUAUGCUGAUACCGGAUGCGUCACAAGCACAUACUAUUCAAACUGCAAAUCGGAGAACUUUUUUCUAAUCCUGAACUUGAUUUAAAAUCCUUACUUAAAAUCAGUUCUCGUCCAAUAC